AUGUGUGGCACAUACUCAACAGCCAGGAAAACCAACAGAUGGCCCCUUUCAGCCUUUUUUCAUCUUCUGGAUGUGGUUGGGGUCAAUAGUUUUGGCAUAUCAACGUACAAUGAAAAAGGGGAUCACCGCUUGAUGAGAAGAACUUGGCUCAAAGAGUUAGCCAAGGAACUUGUUUUUCCUUACAUGCGAUCUCGACUGCAAAUUGCAAAUCUUCCCAAGUUUAUCAGGACCAACAUUAUAGAAAUUCUCCAGGAAGGUGAACCUGCUGCUGCUGAAGAGGAGCAAGCAGAACAAGAUUCAAGAAAAAGGAAGAGAUGUAAAUUAUGUGCGAGAACUGGUAACAAAUCUUAUCACACUUGUGCGAUUUGCAAAAUAUACAUCUGUGGAAAUCAUGGCAAACUUACAUGCCUGAAUUGUCUGGAAAAUACUCCUUAG